UCUUCCUCCGCCUCCGCUCACCGUUCCCGGUCGGAGCCCGAGGAGAAGCCAGCCCAGGCCCCGGGCCUCUCAGUGCUUCCCGUCAGGGCCUGGGCGCGCCGGCGGCCCCGCUUUUGUGUGAGGCCCGGCCGGCGGGGAGGCGCCGCUCGCGGACCGUCGGAGCCCCACAGCCCCCGCCACCCUGCGGCUGCUACCCACCCGCCGCGCGGCCCCUGUUCCCCGCGAGCACCGCGGCGGCGCCGGCCAUGGAGUAAGAAGGAGGCGGCGUGGGAGGAGGAAGAUGGCGGCGGGCAAGAGCGGUGGCAGCGCUGGGGAGGUUACUUUUCUGGAAGCUUUGGCUAGAUCAGAAUCUAAGAAAGAUGGAGGCUUUAAAAGUAAUUGGAGCUUUGAUCAUGAAGAAGAAAGUGAAGGAGAUGCAGAUAAAGAUGGUGCAAAUCUACUCAGUGUAGAAGAGGAGGAUUCUGAAACCUCAAAAGGAAAAAAGUUAAAUCGGAGAUCUGAAAUUGUUGCUACUAGCUCUGCUGACUUCAUCUUGAAGACUUAUGUAAGACGAAACAAGACUGACAGUUUUAAAGCUUUGAAAGGCAACCCAAUUGGACUUAAUAUGUUAAGCAACAGUAAGAAACUGAGUGAAAAUACACAAGCUACAGCAUUAUGUUCUGGGACUGUAGUUCAUGGGAGGCGCUUCCAUCAUGCCCAUGCGCAGGUGCCCGGGGUCAAAACAGCAGCUCAGAGCAAUCAGGACCGAAAAGAAAGGAAAGAAUACCCACCUCAUGUCCACAAAGCUGAAAACAGCCCUGUAAUGUUAAGUCAUAGGGAAGCUAUAGAUUAUAUAAUGAAGAAAAUUGAAGAGACGGGAUCAUAUGUAGAGCCUGAAAUUAAGAGGAAAGUACAGCAGAAACGGCACUGUAGUACUUACCAGCUGUCUCCUCUGUCCCCUGCCUCAAAGAAGUGUUUGACCCAUUUAGAGGUUUCUGAACAGCCUGAACCUUGCCCAAAAUGUGGAAAAGAAAAAGAAAAUCAGACCAAAUGCCAAAGUUGUGGUAUUGUUUUUCAUAAUGAUUUACAAAGAAAUUGCCAACAAGCUGGAACUCUGAAUGAAUCUACUGGACCAUUACUAAGAACAUCAAUUCAUCAGAACUCUGGAGGACAGAAGUCACAAAACACAGGAUUGACAGUUAAAAAGUUUUAUGGGAACAGUGCGGAAGAAAUUCCACCUGAUAUUUUGCUGUCCUGUGAUGCUAGCAGACACAAUUACAUACAGACCAGUGGGAAAGUCAUUUUACCCGGAGGAAAAAUACCUAAAAUUACAAACCCGAAAGAACAAAAGACAAGUGUGUCAGAUCUAAAUGAUCCAAUCAUUUUGUCCAGUGAUGAUGAUGAAGAUGAAAGGACUAGCAGAAGAGAGAGCAUCUCCCCGCUGCCUGCUGACUCAGCGUGUUCUUCCCCAGCACCAUCUACUGGAAAAGUAGAAGCUGCACUGAAUGCAAAUAUAAGCAGAACAGAGCAAGAGCCUAGAAGCAAUCAAGCAGAGUCAGAAUUAAAUACAGUUGUCAUCCCAAGAAAAGCAAGAAUGAAGGACCAGCUUGGCAAUGCCAUCAGCACACCUCUAAAGCGUCGUAAAAUAAACACUCAUGUAACUUCAGUUCACACUAUGUCUAUAAACCCAAACUUUGGCAGUGUCAUUUUAAACUGCCGCAGUAUACGAGUUGGAGCACUCUUCCGACUCUUGGUGGAGCCUGUAAUUUUUUCUUUAGAGUCAAUCAAGAUACAUCUAGAUGGACCAGAAAAUGAUCCUAUAGAAAUUAUUUUAAAUACCUCUGACCUAACUAAGUGUGAGUGGUGCAAUGUCUGGAAAUUGCCAGUAGUGUUUCUCCAAGCAGUGCCACCUAUUUAUCAGAAGCUGAGCAUGCAGCUGCAGAUGAAUAAAGAAGAUAAAGUUUGGAAUGGCUGUAAAGGAAUUAACAGGUUAACAAGUUUAGAAGAACAGUACAUUAUUCUAAUUUUUCAAACUGCCCUUGAUCAUCAGGCAGAUAUGGUCUUUCAAAGUAUAAUUACUGAGAUUGGCAUAAAGAAUAAAGUUUCCAACUUUUUUGCAAAAAUUCCUUUUGAAGAAGCCAAUAGCAGACUCGUUGCCUGUACAAGAAGCUAUGAAGAGAGCAUCAAAGGAAACUGUGUGCAAAAAGAGAACAAAGUGAAAACGGUGUCCUUUGAAUCAAAAAUACAACUUAGAAGCAAGCAAGAGCUGCAGUUUUUUGAUGAUGAAGAAGAAACUGGAGAGAGCCAUACCAUCUUCAUUGGCCCUGUAGAAAAGUUGAUAGUGUACCCACCCCCGCCAGCUAAGGGAGGCAUAUCUGUAACUAAUGAGGACCUGCACUGCCUAACUGAAGGGGAAUUUUUAAAUGAUGUUAUUAUUGACUUUUAUUUGAAAUACUUGGUGCUUGAAAAACUGAAGAAAGAAGACGCUGACCGAAUUCAUAUAUUCAGUUCUUUUUUCUACAAACGCCUUAAUCAGAGAGAGAGGAAAAAUGCUGAGACAACUAAUCUAUCGAUACAACAAAAACGACAUGGGAGAGUGAAAACAUGGACCCGGCAUGUAGAUAUUUUUGAGAAGGAUUUUAUUUUUGUACCCCUUAAUGAAGCUGCACACUGGUUUUUGGCUGUUGUUUGUUUCCCUGGUUUGGAAAAACCAAAAUAUGAACCUAAUCCUCAUUACCAUGAAAAAGCAGUCAUGCAAAAAAGUUCAAGUGCAGAAGACAGUUGUGUUUCUUCUGCCAGUGAGAUGGAUGCUUGUUCACAGAACUCUGCUGCCAAGCCUGUGAUUAAGAAGAUGCUAAACAGAAAGCAUUGCUUAACUGUAACUGAUUCAAGUGCUGCACAGGAAGAAAGUGAGCCUUGUUAUCGGAGAAACACUUGCAGUGUGAAAUGCAGUGUGAAAAAAAAAAACCAUGCUAUACAUGAAAACGAAGAACCAAAUAACAGAGAAUCUUCAUGCCAGGAAGUUACUGAUAGAACUGAAGUCCAGAAUGGCUUGCAAGAUGAAUGCUUAAAUUCUAUACAUCAUCCAGAUGCCUUAAGCAAAAUCAGACUAAACUAUGGUGAUCAGUUGGCAGAAAGUGGGAAACUGCUUGAAGAUGAGCUCAUUGACUUCUCAGAAGAUCAGGAUGACCCGGACGAUAGCAGCGAUGAUGGACUCCUUGCUGAUGAAAACUACAACUCAGAAAUAGGACAGUGGCAUUUAAAGCCUACUGUCUGUAAACAACCUUGUAUCCUACUUAUGGACUCACUCAGAGGCCCUUCUCGAUCAAAUGUUGUCAAAAUUCUAAGAGAGUAUUUAGAAGUGGAAUGGGAGGUUAAGAAAGGAAGCAAAAGAAGUUUUUCCAAAGAUGUUAUGAAAGGUUCCAACCCAAAAGUUCCACAGCAGAACAACUUCAGUGACUGUGGAGUGUACAUACUGCAGUAUGUAGAGAGCUUUUUUGAGAAUCCAAUACUAAAUUUUGAACUACCUAUGAAUUUGGUGAACUGGUUUCCUCCCCCCAGAAUGAAAACAAAAAGAGAAGAAAUACGAAACAUAAUUCUGAAACUGCAAGAAGAGCAGAGUAAAGAGAAGAAGCCACUGAGGGACACUUCCUCAGCAGAAGCAUCUUUAGGGGAUGGAGCAGAGCAAUACGGCAGCAGUGUCUCAGACUGACCAGCAGGCCAAGGCUUGUAGGUUUUACCUUCAGAAAUCACUGAGCAUUCAACUUUGGGUAUAGACAGUACAGAGCUGAAGUGCUCACUACUCAGAGAUUUGGGGAUGUUAAAGCCUGUAAAAAUGUCAUAUAAGUAAUUUCCAAAGGAGUCUGUAUUAAGUAAAAGUCUGUAAAUAUGUUAAUGAGGCCAAUUUUUCCAACAUUUAUAAUUAUUUUUUUCACUUUUAGGAAGCCUUUGUUAUGUAUUUUCUGUUAAUAGUACUAAAGCUGCAACUUCUAAACACAAAUAAAUAAAAUAUUUAUAGGAGGAAAUGAUUAAUUUGAUAUUCUUUAGUGAACUCUCAUAAUUCCUCAGUGUGAUUUUUGUUUCAUGGGACUAUAUAUAAGCAUCUAUGAUUUUUUUUUUAAACCUUUGUUCUAGAAUACUUAGAAAUGUGAAAAUACAAUUGUCAGGCAUUUUAAGCUAAAAAUGCAUCUUUGCUCGCAUAGCAAAAAAAACCUUUUCAAUUCAUGGUCUUUCAUCUGUUCAGAGAAGCCCCAAAAUGUAACAAAUAUUUAUGAUUUUACACAAAUACUAAAACAAUAUUAAGAUCAAUCAGAGACAACGCGCCUUGACUCCUAGUAAAGCAUGGCUGCACUACAUACACUGCGACUCAGGUGAGAAUGACCUACAAGCGCAGCGUGCAUCUCUGAUAGCCACUGUUACCUUAUAGUAUGCUGCAACCUGUAUGGUAGAACUAGUUAAGAAACACCUCUAACCUGUGUAAACAUAGGAAUUCAAAUAGAAAUUUAUUUUUUGCAUCUUCUGCUAUUUUUUCAUUAUUUUGUUCUCAUGUUUUUGAUAAAUUAUCAGACUUUUUGCUUGAGUUUUUCUGUGUAAAUUAUUUUAAAUGUAAACAUAAUCUUUAAUUGUAUAAUGUAGCAAAAGCCCUUAUUUUAAUUUCCCAUGUAGAUUGAAAGAUAUGGCGUUGAGCCUGUAGUUCAGUAGGAGAGUGCGUGUGUA